AUGAAUCGAAGCAAAUCAUCCAAGAGAAUUGCAAUUCUCUACGGGUCGGAGACCGGAAAUGCUCAAGAUUUCGCCGCCAUCCUUUCCUAUAAAUUACACAGAUUACAUUUGCCUCAUACUCUAAAUUCUCUAGGUGAUUACACGCCUCAUGAUAUUUUAGACUGCCGAAACCUUUUCAUUAUCUGUUCGACUACAGGGCAAGGUGAGCUGCCUCGUAAUGCGAUAGAGGCUUCUCAUGGAUUGAAUAAAAAAAAUACUUUAUGGUCUUUCCUUAAGAAGAGGAAUUUGCCUGCUGAUUUUUUGAAUCAUUUAAGUGUCUCAUUCUUAGGUUUAGGUGAUUCCUCUUAUCCAAAAUUCAAUUACGCUAUCAGAAAACUUCACAAUAGAAUAGUCAGUCAGCUCGGUGCCAAAGAGCUUUUCCAUAGGCUUGAAGCCGAUGAACAAUCUAUGGCAGGUAGUAACAAAGGAUCAGGUGCGAGUAUAGAGGCCGUUUACUUUGAAUAUGAAAAGAGAAUACUUAAGUACUUACGUGAGACCUAUCCUACGAGAAAGGUCAAUGGGCAAAUCGUUGAACGUACUGAAUUUGCCGCUGAAGCAUAUCUUGAACCUCCCUCAUGCUUGUUACUUGACAGCGAUGAAGAUGGACAUAUCGUGCAGGAAAAUCUGACUUUUAACGGUGAUGAUUCGGUGAACGUUGGGACGGUGAAGAUCAAUGAUAGACUUACUCACCCAGAGCAUUUUCAAGACGUGAGACAGUUUGUGUUUAAUGGCAAAAAGGCUCACGAGUACGGACCAGGAGACACUAUUUCUAUUUACCCAUGUAAUUCAGAUGAUUCCGUGAAGCAAUUUUUAGAAAUUCAACCACAUUGGAAAUCUGUUGCAGAUAAACCACUGAAAUUAAGCCACGGGAUUCCUAAUAAUCUGAAGGAUGGUGGUUUCGUUAAACCAUUAACUUUGAGAAACUUGCUGAAAUAUCACUGUGAUAUCAUGAGCAUUCCAAGAACUAGCUUUUUCAUGAAGGUUUGGACAUUUGCAACAGAUGUUGGGCGUAUGGAAAGAGGUCGAGAACAGCUAGAGCAGCAGCGGGAAAAGCUCCACCAAUUCGCCACUGAUGAAGAUAUGCAAGAUCUUUUCGACUACUGCAACCGACCAAGAAGAUCUCUUUUGGAAGUUUUGCAAGACUUUCCCUCUUUAAAGUUACCUUGGGAAUUCGCUUUGGAUUAUUUACCUAUUAUCAAGCCACGACUCUUCUCUAUAUCAAGUGGACCAAACGACCCCAACAUAGAGCUCACAAUUGCCAUCGUGAGAUAUAAGACCAUUCUUCGGAGAAUCAGAAAGGGAAUUUGUACUAAUUUUAUUAUCAACUUGUCCCCAGGUGACAAAUUCCGAUACAAGGUACAAAAUAACAAUCUAUUUCUCAACAAGGAGCUUAAGGAGAAACCAAUGAUUUUAAUUAGUCCGGGAGUCGGUAUUGCACCGAUGAUGUCGCUAAUAAGAUCCGAUGUCUCUAAAAACUUAAAGCUUUUCUUUGGCAACAGGAUGAUGGAAAGGGACUUCCUAUACAAGGAGAUACUUCAGGACUGGGACAAGGAGGAAAGGAUAACGCUAUACACCUGCUUUUCGCGAGACCCAAAGAAUUCUCCAAAAUUCAAAUACGUCCAAGAUAUUUUAUGGAGUAUAGGCGAGUUCAUCGCUAAAUUGAUACAUGACCAAGGCGCCACAAUUUAUGUUUGUGGGUCUUCAAAUAAGAUGCCCAUCCAGGUCAGAAUAACAAUUUUGGAGAUAUUAAAAAAAUGGGUGAAUUUUGAGGACGAGGAUGCAGCGAUCAGAUACAUGAAAGAUAUGGAGAAAGACGAUAGAUACCUACAGGAAACAUGGUGA